GACGCCGAAAGAAACCCUAGCUUAUUAUACCACAUGUAGAUGUGGCAAGGCUAUUUGUGCUCUAAGAAAACCAAGUUGGCUUGGAUCCCGGAAGCCCUGCUCGAGUCAGGUUGCGUGGAUAGAGAAGGGGCAGGCUUUAGGUCAACGGCCGCGCCGCCCGGCCCGUGGUCCAUACAAGCACGCUGCCGCCUAAGGGCAUGUAGUUGUUAGGCUGCCGUGGAUCGCCCUAAGCUGAUUCAGCUAGGGUUGACGGCUGGGAGCGUUAAGAAUCCAAAAUUACUCAGACCCGUCUAUGUUCUAAGGGGAUUAGGUUGGAGGCACCAGCCCGAUCUGUUUAGUCCUCCAUUUCAGCUUGGGUUUCUUUAGGGUUUCGGAGGAUGGGACAAGAAACUCCCAAACAGGUCAUUUGGCGAAAAGACUUUCAAGUUUUUAAGGACAAGUCUGAUGCCAUUAACCAUGAUAGUGGUCUUAACAAUCAGCUUACUAACAUGCUCUUGAAAUGGUACCAACCUGGGCAGAAACUUGCUGUUGGCAAGAUUGAGUAUAAAAUAGUCAUUGAAGCAAACUUGGGAAUAUCCUGCCUGUUUGAUGAACCUGUAAUGGAGCUGAUGCGUGGGCUGAACUAUCUCAUGCAUAGUGUAGUUCCUGAAGAAAAAUCAAAGCUAGCCGAGGAGCACUGCCUCCAGACGAGUCAAGGGCUGAAAAUGCUCCUUCAUCGUUAUGGCUUUGAUAUAAAACCGGAGUUGGUUAAUGAUUGCAUUAUUGUGACAGCAUGCAACUUAUAUGAUUCUGAUUGUUGUUUAAAGAAUCAAUUUAAGAGUUUGCGCCUUGCUAGUCACUUCCUUCAGGAUGUGUCAUCCAUUAAUUCUCAAGACUGGGACAUAUUGAAACUUGCAACAGCUCUGAAGAUGGUAUGUUACCCUGAAGACGAUAUCUUGUUUGGUAAUCCUGAUGAGAUGUUUUCAACAGAUGAGUUAUCAAAGUUAGUGGCUGAUGCACAUAAGUACGAAGACAGUGGGAUCAUUAAAGGAGCUAUUUUGAGGCUCUAUAAUUUAGUGGUGUAUCUCCUUAAUUGUAAGGCAAAGUAUCAGAGGAGAUUGGCCUCCUUCGUCAAGGAGGCUAAAGAAUCAUAUGAAGCUGAGCAAGUUGUUAGAGAGAGGGGUUCCCUUCGAACUGAUGCUUUUGAAGCGGACAUACAAGAAGUUGGGGUACAAAUGGUUGCAGGAUAAGGUCUUAGUGUUGGAUCAGUUUCUGCCCAUUCGUAGUGAUCUCUUCCGUUAGCAAUUGCUCUCCAGCUGUAGCUGAUAUCGUGAGGAUCUAUGUGCUUUUAUAUUUAACUUUCGAACUUAUUGAAGUUGGCAUGAGCGUUUCUAUGUGCUUUUAUAUUUAACUUCGAACUUAUUGAAGUUGGCAUGAGCGUUUUCAACCAAGUACCUUUUGUAAGCUUUGCCUAUUA